GCGCUCCGGCUCGGGCUCGGGCUCCGGCUCGGGCUCGCCCCGCGCCCGCCAGCAGCCGCGCCGCGCCCGGCCACCAUGAAGGUGACCGUGGACUUCGAGGAGUGCCUGAAGGACUCGCCGCGCUUCAGAGCUGCUUUAGAAGAAGUAGAAGGAGAUGUGACAGAAUUGGAACUGAAACUUGACAAGCUGGUGAAACUUUGUAUUGCAAUGAUUGAUACUGGGAAAGCAUUCUGUACAGCCAACAAGCAGUUCAUGAAUGGAAUUCGAGACCUUGCACAAUAUUCAAGUAAAGAUGUGUUGGUCGAGAGUAGCUUGACAAAGUUUUCUGAUACCUUACAGGAAAUGAUCAAUUAUCACAAUAUGCUAUUUGACCAAACCCAAAGAUCAAUUAAAGCACAACUUCAGAGUUUUGUUAAAGAGGAUAUUAGGAAAUUUAAAGAUGCGAAGAAACAGUUUGAGAAAGUUAGUGAAGAAAAAGAGAAUGCUCUAGUAAAAAACGCCCAAGUACAAAGAAAUAAGCAGCACGAGGUAGAAGAGGCGACCAAUAUUUUGACUGCAACACGGAAAUGUUUUCGGCACAUAGCUCUGGAUUAUGUUCUUCAGAUCAACGUUCUUCAGUCUAAAAGGAGAUCAGAGAUCUUAAAGUCGAUGUUAUCAUUUAUGUAUGCUCAUCUGACUUUUUUCCAUCAAGGCUAUGAUCUCUUCAGUGAGCUUGGGCCCUACAUGAAAGAUCUUGGUGCACAGCUGGAUCAGUUGGCUGUAGAUGCUGCAAAGGAGAAGAGAGAUAUGGAGCAAAAACACUCCACUAUUCAACAAAAGGAUUACUCCAGUGAUGAUACUAAAUUAGAAUACAAUGUAGAUGCAGCCAAUGGUAUUGUUAUGGAAGGUUAUCUAUUUAAGCGAGCCAGCAAUGCCUUCAAGACUUGGAACAGGAAAAAGCCAGAUCAUAUCAGGCGCUGGUUCUCAAUACAAAACAACCAACUUGUGUACCAGAAGAAAUUUAAGGAUAAUCCCACGGUGGUAGUUGAAGAUCUGCGGCUUUGCACAGUUAAACACUGUGAAGACAUAGAAAGACGUUUCUGUUUCGAGGUAGUUUCACCAACAAAAAGCUGCAUGCUUCAGGCUGACUCGGAAAAGCUGCGGCAGGCGUGGAUUAAGGCUGUCCAGACCAGUAUUGCUACAGCAUAUAGAGAGAAAGGGGAUGAAUCUGAGAAACAGGAAAAGAAAUCAUCCCCUUCUACUGGAAGCCUGGAGUCUGGCAGUGAGACAAAAGAGAAGUUGUUAAAGGGAGAAAGUGCCCUACAACGGGUUCAGUGUAUUCCUGGCAAUGCUGCCUGCUGUGAUUGUGGCUUGGCAGAUCCUCGCUGGGCCAGUAUCAACCUAGGAAUCACGCUGUGCAUUGAGUGCUCUGGUAUACACAGGAGCCUAGGAGUCCACUUUUCAAAAGUAAGAUCUUUAACACUGGAUUCAUGGGAGCCUGAACUUCUAAAGCUUAUGUGUGAAUUAGGAAAUGAUGUUAUAAAUAGAAUAUAUGAAGCAAAGUUGGAAAAAGUGGGAGUAAAGAAGCCACAACCUGGAAGCCAAAGGCAAGAGAAAGAGGCGUACAUCAGAGCAAAAUAUGUGGAAAAAAAGUUUGUAGAGAAACAGCUUGCAGCAGUAUCUCUGAUUGAAUCUGGAACAAAAAUUUUGCCUCAAAGUCAAGAGGAGAAAAGGCACAGUGGCCCUGAAAAAUCCCUUUUGGCAGGUGAACCAAGUACAACAUCCCAUAAAGUAAGAAGCAGUGACAGUGGGAUUCAUCAGAGUGCUGAUGACAGCAGAGAACACCUUGCUUCUACUAUAUCAGCUAACAGUUUGUAUGAACCAGAGGGAGACAAGCAAGAGUCUUCUGUGCUCUAUGACUCCAAACAGUUUAAUCCAGGACUGCAACUUUAUCGAGCUGCCUUUGAGAAGAAUCUUCCUGAUAUGGCAGAAGCAUUGGCCCAUGGAGCUGAUGUAAACUGGGUCAAUGUAGAAGAAAACAAAGCAACGCCGCUCAUUCAGGCUGUGCGGGGGGGCUCGUUGGUUACUUGUGAAUUCUUACUGCAGAAUGGUGCCAAUGUAAACAACAGGGACGUGAAAGGAAGAGGACCCCUGCACCAUGCCACAGUUCUGGGACACACAGGACAAGUGUGUUUAUUCCUAAAACGAGGAGCAAACCAGCAUGCUACUGAUGAAGAUGGGAAAGAUCCAUUGAGUAUAGCUGUAGAAGCUGCAAAUGCAGAUAUCGUAACAUUGUUGCGUUUGGCAAGGAUGAAUGAGGAAAUGCGUGAAUCGGAAGGACCGUAUGGACAGCCAGGAGAUGAAAUUUAUCAGGACAUUUUUCGUGACUUUUCUCAAAUGGCAUCAAAUAAUCCAGAGAAGCUAAAUCGUUUCCAGCAGUCAGAUUCACCAAAGUCUUAAGUGUCAAGAAGGAAAAGAACCAAACCUGAUACUUCUCUUAUAGUGCAAGUUUUUUUAAAAAAAAAAACUUUAACAGAAUGAAUUAUAUGCAUUUUGCUAGAUACUUAAUAGUUUGGAUAAUUGACCACUCUAAUGUAGCUUUAGACUGUGGUAGCUGGGGAAAUGUAUAACGAUUGUUCUACAAUACAUAUACCUCAGCAGCUGAAGAAAAUACUUUAAAAAAGGAAUCCUUGCCAGUAAGUUGGUCUGUGGCUCGUACGUGAAGUUAGCAGAGCGUAACUGGAUGACAGAAUGAUCAGAUCAACUUUGAUAAUGAGUAUCCAUUACUAUCAUCAGUCUCCCUGUUGCCAUAAAGAACAUGCCUCUGACCAGAAAGUCUAGCUUGUUUUUUCUCAGUCUGUUUGAAAGGGAAAUGGGAUAAUAACUUACUGAAUCGUGUUUUGAUUUAUGACCCCAUUACUUGUAAGAUCCUCUUGUUCUACACUGCUUCUGGUUAGAGGUAGGCUGUUAAUAGCAAGACAUAGUAACUUAAGCUCUUUUGCAAGCUUUUUUUUUUUUUAGUGGAAUCUUUAACACCAGGCUGGCCUUUAUUCUAGUGACUGCAGGUCAGUCACAAUACGUAUAUAUCUGAAAGGACCAAAUUUCUAAGAGCAGUCUAUUUUCCUUUUUUAAUUUCUUGCUGUGAAGGAAGUUUUCUUUUAGAUGAGCAUGUGGAGCCUUUCAUGAAAAAAUAAAUUUGAUCCUGCUAUGAUGUGGGGUGUUUUCUUUUUUUUCUUUUUCUUUUUUUCCCCCCACUCUCCUCCAGUAUCUUGAGGUCAACAUAAUAAAAGUAAAUACUUGGCCAAAGGAGGAUUAGUGUAGAAUUGUCAUGUGAGGGCUGUCACCUUUUUCUUUGCUCUUCUCAGUAUUAGCCCCAAACCAGCUACAUAUAAAAGCAUUAGUGUAAUGCAGUCAUUUUAAAUUUAGGCCAGUCCUUUGUAUCACAGCAUGCUGUAAUAUUAUCUGCGAAGCUCUGUAUAUGUACAUGUUCUCUGAACUAAGGUGUGCAGAAAAAAAACCUUGGGAAUUUUACUCUACAAUUUUGCAAAGUAACAAAUGAGCAUAGUCCCCAGUGGUAUUUUGAGGGCAUCAACCCAAGCUUUUUUCAGUAAGCUCCACUUUGCAGAUGUGCAUGCAUAAACAAUGUCUGUAGAUACAUGUUCAUACAUGAGAAUACUUAGUAUCUAGAUGGUAAUCACCUGAAGCUACAAGCCAGCAGAUGUAAUUCUUUGUGCUCUAUUUGUUUUGAAGAAUGUAAGGAGAAUUUUUAGGUAACAUAAAAUCAAUGUGAAUUUUUUUAUAAUCUUAUUAGCUGUGGCAGUAUGCUAGCCUACUGUUUAAGUGUGUUUGAGAAAGGAGUUAGCUUUUUUUAUUCCCAAGCUGGCUAAGCAAAAUGGUGGAAAAAAACCCUGUAAAUCAGUGAAACUGAACUUUCUGGCAUGUUAAUUUUAAACAAAAUAUUUUAAAUAUUUAUCAUCUUACAGUAAAUGUAUAAUAAUGCAUCAAAUGUGACUGAUUCUUGAUGCUGAGUUGAUAGCAAUUUAGAAGUAUUUUUAUAAAUCCUUUUUCCAAGUAGAAGAACCUUACAAAACACUUUUUGCUUUGUAUAGGGUCUAAUUACAUUAAGAAGAGCAUUUUCUGCCCAUUUAAAAAGUGCAUUUAUUCAGAAUAAUAAGAAACUUAAUCUCACCUGCAAGCAGUAACUUCUGAUAAGCUGUUGUUUAAAUAGCUGUCUAUGAAAUGAUAGAAUAGUUCCUGAUCUGUAGUAAUUAACAUCAUCUUAGUACAUCUUAAAUAAAAACAAAAUUCCCAGUGUACAGAUGGGACAGUGUAAGAUAUGGCUAUGUAUAAUAUAUGCUUUAGAUAUAUAGUAUUUUCUAAAGAUUCAUGUCUUCUGCAACCUCUGUGACAGGCAAUGUACAAUGUGAUUGACUGUAAUGUAACACUUAAUGGCAUAAUUGCUUUCCCACUCCAUGCUUGUGGAAAAAUAUCUGAGACAUUUAUUUCUGACCUUCAUGUUGGAGACCACUGGCAGUAUUUUCUCUCCUAGCCCCUUAGAUUCCCUUGAAAAAAUUGGCAGGAUGUCUUCCUGUAGGUUAAAAAUGUCUCUGCUGUAGCUCUGUGGAUCAUCUGUUGCAUUCCCAGCUCGUGUGUGUGUGGGAAGCAGUGUCAGUCUGUUUAUGUUAAAUGACUAACACUUGAUCUGCAGGUUGUAUUACUCUUCUCAGGAGCUUUGGAGUUGCAAUGAUUCAGGGAGUGAGUGUGACACCUUUGAGCCUGCAGCCUCACUCCUCGAUCCUUUUAGGUACGCUGAGAUAUCCAGUAUAAAAUGCAUCCAGUUAUUGCACUAGAUCUGAAGAGUGCUUUGUGUGUGUUAUUAUGUUACUCAUCAGCAAAAAUGAAUGUGCUGUUAAGUUGUGUGAAAUGUAUUGAGGGUUUACUCCUACCAGAGUAAACUGACAGACGCGGUGCUCCAAGGCCUCUGUACUCUGCAGGAUUCAGCCCUCAGUAAUAGAGAGCCUGUCAGAGCCCAGUGCUUGGAAGAUUGGGAUUUGCCUGUCAAGUUCUGAAUCAGGUUCUAGUGUUCUGCUGCGUGGCAUUAUGAACUUCUGUUUUAAUUACAGUAUGAAUGUGCAUAUAACUUAAAUUCCUGGUAGUAAGGCUCUGCUGUGUGUUAACAACAUCUUGUACCAUGUACCAGGUAACAGGAAGCUUCAAUUCCAGCUCAAGUUUCUCUGUAGCUAUGAAAUACCAUAGGUCACAAUCAGGGGAGUACAAAGCAGUAUAUUAUUAAUGUAAAUUAAAAUAAUGAGCACUCAUAGGGAUUUUCAAGAACUUAAUAAAAUCCUUUUGUGGCUGA